AGUAGGCGACGCUAGUAGUACUCGGACAAAAUGGCGGACUCGGUUGAUAUGGAAAUAAAGAAAGUGUGCAUUAAUUUUUCAUUAUAUUUACAAUUUAAUGACGUUUUUUAAAUAUACUAUGGGAUAAAAUAGGUUGCAUAGGAAUUGCACAAUUAUAAAAUGAUCGUGAAAUCUUACGAUAAACGCUUAGUCGGCCAUCAAUCCUUACAUUCGUUCAGUACAUUCAUUUCGUUACAGCACCUCUCGGAGCUUCAAUUGAAGAUGUACAGCACGAAAGAACAAAUCGCUACAUCUAACAAGCAAAUUGAUAAUUUCAAAAAAUCCGUGAUUCAUUCAAACCUAGUUAUGGCAGAAAUAAAUCAACUUCCUGAAGAAACAAAAACGUUUGAGACUCUGGGUAGAGCUUUUAUUCGCAUGCCAAUGCCUAAAAUAAAAACUAUGCUGUCUGAUAGAGUAACAAACGCAACUGAUAAAAUUAAAACUCUUGAGGGAAAUAUCUCCUACCUACAAAAAAAUUUAAAGGAAAGUGAAGAAAAUGUUAGGGAAUUAAUCAAUAGCAAGAGGAAGUAG